GACAGCAUCUCAUCACUGCCAUCGCGGAACAGAUGUUUGGAUUCAAGACAACUUCAUGGGAGCUGGGCCGUCAGCGAAGUGUCAUUGAGCUGGACACCCCCUCCAUGACAGUAGAGCAAAUAGAGGCCCUGGAGAGGAGUGUGAAUGAGAAAAUCCGGGAGAGAGUACCCGUGUUGGUGAGGGAACUGGCUGCAGAUGACCCUGAAAUUGAAACAGUGAGAAGCCGUGGUUUGCCAGAUGACCAUGUGGGGCCAGUGCGAGUUGUUGACAUCGAAGGCAUAGACUCCAACAUGUGCUGUGGGACUCAUGUCUCCAACCUGAGUGACUUGCAGGUUAUUAAACUCCUUGGCACAGAAAAAGGGAAAAAGAACAAAACCAACUUGGUUUUCCUGGCAGGGAACAGAGUGCUGAAGUCAAUCGAGCAAAGUCACAGUACUGAGAAGGCUCUAACCUCACUGCUCAAAAAUGGACCGGGUGAGCACAUAGAGGCAGUGAAAAGACUGCAGAGUUCUGUGAAAGUGCUUCAGAAGAAUAACUUGAACCUGCUUAGAGACAUUGCUGUUUUGAUAGCCCGGGACUUCAAGAGCAAACCUGCUCAAAGUCAGCUGUUUGUGUUACACAGGAAAGAGGGUGACUCUGAAUUUAUGAAUAUCAUCGCUAAUGAGAUUGGGACAGAGGAAACCCUGCUGUUCCUCACUGUGGGAGAUGAAAAAGAAGCAGGACUCUUCCUUCUAGCUGGACCUGUUGAAGCAGUUGAGAGUUUAGGUCCCAGGGUGGCAGAGCUGCUGGGAGGCAAAGGAGCUGGGAAGCGAGGCCGCUUUCAGGGCAAGGCAACCAAGAUGAGUCGGCGAGGAGAAGUGCAAGCUCUGCUCCAGGAAUUCAUCAGCCAUCAAAGCCCUGAAGUGUAAGAAACAGUUCUCAAAGUAGGGCUGUCUUCCCUGCUUUGCAUAAGCUCCACCAACUUCUCUCCCAGACAAUAAAGACAUAAAAA